AUGAAUGCAAGUAAUUUACAAGUUCUGUUCAAGAGCACGGUCGAUUUUUUGGUUGGAAGACAACCGGAAAAGACAGAGGAGCCCGUGUCAUUGAGAUCACAAACACAAGCAGCCUGGGUGCGCGCGGAUGCAUUUCUACAGAGCUACGCCGAUGAAUCCGACGAGCCUGAGCCUGAGCCUGAGGACAUUGCAAGAGCGCUGCGCGCAUUUGAACAGUAUGUCCAAUAUAACCCGGAUGAGAAAUCGGCUUCUGGUUUACGCCGCGAUGUGCCGUAUCCCAAGCUUCAGGCGAUGCACGACAUGAUGGAGCAGCGGCGUCGUGGUGCGAUUACAAACCCAGGCCCUCCCAUUCAGGUCAGUAAACGGAAACGAGAAAGUGACGCUGUCAUCGAGGAAUUUUCGCAAAUAGACCGGAGGGCAAAGAUGCGCCGAGUUCUUCCUCCUCGCGAAGACCCGAAUGCCAUCGACAAUUUUGACAAAGACCCCGAUGCCGAUUUCGCCGUGCGCAUGAGGAAGCAUCUAGUGUCGUUGGACAAUGCGUUGCGGCAGCACUGGGUAUGCGUUUGCCAGAGGUGCUCGGGGUUGAGCGUGAGACUUUCGCUGCCACAGCAGAACAAGGAUUUCAACGUUGAGACGAGCUUCGAAGUGUUCUUCGGCGUGCGGGCUCCGGGUGAAACUGCAUUGCAAGAAGCAAAAAUAACGAUCAAAAGCGCGUCUGAGCCCGUAGUUAGCACCACGCCCGAAUUUGUCCACCUAUGCCAAAGCAUUACAGAGUCGCUCGGUCAGCAAAACUGCUUGCACUUGGCUCUUGAGGGUGGGAUAUUUCAGAGGCUUCGCCCGCAGCCAAAGACUUUUGGCGGCGAUCAAAUGUCGCGAACGGUAUCUUUGUCGGCUCUAUUCCAGCGUCAGCAAGAAUUACGUGGUAAAUCUGCAUUACCACUCAAGGGGAAGCGAAUAUUAGCUGUCACACUAGCUGCUGCGCUGCUCCCAUUCUUGGAGACGCCGUGGAUACAGCCUUCCUUCAAUCACUCACACAUUCUAUUCGUUGAUCCGCUGGAGGAUGGACAACUCCCCGACAUCACGAAGCCCUUCCUGGCCAUGGAACACGUUCCGAUCAUCGCAGCCGGCAGGGCAGCCAAUGGAGUCAACGCUGACAGCUCUAAACACAAUGUUCAUCCCAAUGCGAGUGUGCUAGCGCUAGGCAUACUCUUGUGUGAGCUUCACUAUUGCACACCUAUAGAGUUGAUGGGAGAUGACCCGCACGGGACCAGGAACGUCAAUUCCGAUUAUUAUACCUGCCUUAAAUUGCUCAACAAUCUAGAAGCUGACGCCGGUAGAGAUUACUUUCUCGCUACGAGAGCAUGCCUGCGGUGGGAGUACCUCCCUCCUGGACAGCAGGCCGCCUUUGAAUCUGACGACGUUCAGCGGCUCUUCUAUCAAAACGUCAUCAAACGACUCGAAGCUGAGAUAUUCAAGUCAUGGGGUCUUCGAAUGGAGAACUUGGGCUCACUUGAUCCUCAACAGAAUCAGCUCUGCUGGGGUCCCUUUGGUCAAGAAGUUGUCCGCCAUGAAACAGCCAAGGUCGAGAUCUCUGACAACGGAUCACGGGCAAUCCCAUAUCGUUCAAUGUCUGACGCCACACCCGCGAGCUACACAACUCUCACGCCCGAUACGGUAUCACGAGUGCCGGGGUCGCGACAACCUUCUCCAAACCCCCAAUUCCGUGCACAGCUCGUCGAGAAGAGUCUGUACUUUUUUGACGCAAGCCACCAGGCGGGCAAUGGACAAGAGAGUCCGCUUUCGAUACAAUGGAUGGACAACCUUCUGGCCUCGAUUUAUCACCAUGUUGAUCCUUUCGACGCUUUUGAGCCUGGUACCAGAACGUUCGAACCCGUGCGAAUAGCCAUCUUGGAUUCUGGAUGGGACCCUGAAAAUCCACUUCUAAUGACCGACCAGGGCCCGGAUCCACGGAUCAGGGACUGGCAAAGUUUUGUGAACGGAAAAGCCUCAAAUGAUACUCGAGACGAGAUCGGGCACGGCACUCAUGCUCUUGGACUCCUACUCAAAGUUGCCACAUGCGCUGAGGUUUACGUCGCUAGAGUGGCAGGUCGCGAAACUCUAGAUCGUGCUACUUACGAUGACAUUGCAAAGGCCAUUGACCACGCGGUGAAUGUGUGGAAUGUGGACAUUAUAUCAAUGUCUUUCGGUAUUCGGGAAUAUAACAAGCCUAUGCAGGAGGCCAUAUCUCGUGCACUACACAGUCAGACAUUGCUCUUCGCCGCGGCAUCGAAUGAUGGAGCAAAUCUUGGGCGAGCUUUUCCGGCCAAGUAUCCCAGCGUCUUUUGCAUCCACUCAACGGAUGGAAACGGCAAUCCCUCCUCGUUCAACCCAACAGCAGACGACAAAGAUGUCAACUUCAGCUUACUCGGAGAGAAUGUCUCUUCUCACUGGCCGAUUGGCAAGAAUGGCCAUUUUGAACAUGUUAAUGUCAUGUCGGGCACAUCAGUCGCGACACCGAUCGCCGCUGGGCUUGCUGCAGCGAUCUUAUCUUUUGUGCGGCAGCAGGAACAACACAUGGCUCCGGGAAAUGAGUUACUAGGGUCGUGGCUGAAAGACGUCCAUUCGAUGGAUGAGGUCUUGAAGAGUAUGGUCAAGCAGAGGAGGGGGCAAGGUUAUGACUACAUCACGCCUCAUACACUCUUUGAUAGGAAGUCGACAAGGGAGGAGGUUUACAACAAGAUUAAGAAUAUCAGAAAACACUUGUAUGACUAG